AUGUCCGGAGUCAUCAGCAAGCGCCAGCAGGCGCGUAAUGAGAAGCAGCUUCAUGAGCUAGUUCAUACGGUCGCGGGCAACAACAUCUGCGCCGACUGCUAUGCGCGCAAUCCAGCAUGGGCAUCUUGGAGUUUGGGAGUAUUCCUCUGCAUGCGCUGUGCAACCAUCCACCGGAAGCUCGGCACCCAUAUUUCCAAAGUCAAAUCGCUCAGCAUGGAUAGUUGGUCAAACGAACAAGUCGAUAACAUGCGCAAGGUCGGCAAUGUCAAUUCGAACCAGAUAUACAACCCGGCGAACAAGAAGGCCCCUGUGCCAGUUGACUCUGACGAGGCCGAUUCAGCCAUGGAGCGCUUCAUACGACAAAAGUACAUACAUAACGUGGCAGCCCAGUCCAGCAAGCCACGGAGCCCGGUCUCCGACGAGGGAACACCUCCACCACUGCCACCCAAGAACUCCAAGUUUGGCUUCCGCGCAGCCUUUUCGCGAAACAAAAAUGUACCCAAUAGGUCGGCUAGCGAUUAUGCACCGGUAUCGCCUACGUUGACAAAUAAACCCUCCAAGGUGUUUGGCGCCACCGUGGACUAUGAUGCUCCAGACGACACAGAGAAGAAGCUGGCCAAGUUGCGAGAUAUGGGCUUCCAGAACAACCAACGAAACUCUAUCGUGCUUAAGGGAGUUAGUGGUGAUGUUGAACGUGCUGUUGAAGCCCUCGUUCGGCUGGGUGAGGGAGACCAACCGCCCCCUGCGCCGCCCAAGGAAAAGACGCUUCGCGCGACGAGGUCCAUGACACCUAUGAUACCCAACUCCGCGGGCCUAACAGGGGGCUUGACUGUCAUUAAAAGAUCCGAGACGGACCGCCCGAUAUCUUCUUCGACUACGUCUACGAACCCCUUUGACAUGUUGAACCGCGCCCAACCUCAAACAGCUCACUCCACGGGCUCGCUGCAGAGUACCAACCCCUACAAUAUCCCGACGAAUCACUUCGGCUCCAUGUCUGCACAACCCAGUCCUAUUGACCAGGUGUUCCAAAAUCUGGCAAUCUCUGGGCAGCAGACAGGGACUUCCUCCAAUGGCGCAGGAUUUUCGCUGCCGAUGCCGCCCCAGCUCCCAAUGUAUGGGCAUUCGGCACCGUCCAGCCCUCAACUGCAGCAUGGAUUGGGCUUGUCUCCCGGCGGCGGCAAUUCCUUGCCCACUGGAUAUAAUCCUUACUUUUCGCAGUCAGUGCAUGCUAUGCCACAGCAGCAACAGCAGCAGCAGCAGCAGCAGCCGCUGUAUGGUACGCAAACUGGCAUGACAUUGAGCAUGAACCAGAUGGGCGGACAGAUGGCAUCGAACCCGUUUGUACGAUCACCUACAAGAGUAGCUUCACCACCGCCGCUAGGCCAGAUUUCGGAAACGGCGACUUUUAGCACGUCACCAAUGCCACUGGCCUCACCUGCGACAAACCCAUUCUUCAAUACACAGACGAGGAUGCCAUCACCUGGUGUUCAGCAGCAACAGUAUAUGCAGCCACAUCCACAAAUGUACCAACAGCAGCCGCAGCAGCAAGUGUACCAGCAGCAGCCGUACCAGCAGCAGCCGUUCCAGCAGCAAGGGUACCUGCAGCAAGGGUACCAGCAACAAGGGUUCCCGCAACAAGGGUUCCAGCAGCAGCAAGGGCUUCAACAGCAGCAGAUGUUCCAGCCUCAGCCGGCCUAUCAGCAAUAUCAAGCUCCUCGAUAUGACAAAACAUCCAUCAUGGCGCUGUACGGUCAAUCUUCAAAGCCGCAACUGCAGGCUCAAGCGCAGAGCAUCCCGGAAAACCAAGCAGUGGAUGCUUUUGCAGCGCCAAGCAUGUCUGCAGGAUUUCAACAACAACGCAGCGCAUCGCAGCCGCUACCCGGAACGAACCCGUUUGCGGCCAUGCAGCAAGCUCCCACAGCGCCGGCUGGGGCUUCGGCGGAGGCAUACAAGACUGGGCGGCAAAUCAGCCGCGAGAGUGUGAAUCUGGGGCUGGACAUGGCGUGGGCCAACAACGGGCGGCACAGCCCGGAUGCGUUUGCAAGCCUGAGCGCGCGGCAUGUAUGA